GGCGUCGCCGCACCCGUCCCGGCCCCGCCCAGGAGGGGCGGCCGCGCUGCGCCGCCAUGUCGGGAGCGGCGGGGCCGCCGGCGGGACCGGGCCGUUCCCCGCUGCCCUGCGCCCCCCGCCCCGCCGUCCCGCUCCAGCUGGGCGGGGGGACCGAGCCGGCGCGGCCCGGCGUCGCCGUCAUCGACAUCCGCUUCCCCCGCGGUGCCGCCGCCGACGUGCAGGAGAUCGUCUUCAGGAACUUCUACACGGCGUUCCUGAGCGUGCGGGUGCAGCGGCCCGGCCCCGGCGGCCCCCGCCGCUGGGUGACCUGCCUGCGGGACCACCGCCUCAUGCCCUGUCCACACACCGAGGAGGGCUCCCAGGACUACUUCUCCCUCCACCGCCACCAGAUGCUGUGUGACAUGGACCAGGUGACAGCAGUGCGGUUCAUCCUGCGGCAGCCCUCCCCAGUCUGGCUCCACUUCACCAUCGAGGAGCUGCAGAUUUUUCCCCCCGGACAGAAGAGCCCCCAGAAGGAUUUCCCCUCCUGGCUCUCCCAGCUGAGCCCUCCGGAGCAGCCAGCCAGCCUGCAUGGGGAGCUCCCAGACCCAGAGAAGGUGUCGACCGAGGUCCAGCAGAUGUGGGUGCUGACAGAGGUGAUCCGGGCUCGCCAGGCAGCUGCCCGCAUCGGGCGCUUCGACGUGGACGGCUGCUAUGAUAUCAACCUUCUCUCCUAUACAUGAGCUCCACCGGCACUGGCUGGAGGAACUUGGUCCCUCUGUGCUCCCAAGGACCGAACAGGCUCCUCUGCUCCUGCAUCAGCCUUUGUCCCUGCGGCCCGGGGGGGGUUCCAGGCCCUCCCCGUGCCCCUGUCCCAACUACUCCUGCGCUGGCUGGCAGCAGCGGGAGCGCUGCUGCCCCGAAGUCCCCGUGACCCUCUUCCAGCCCGGUGCCUCCAGCUGCUAUGGCUCUGCUCCUGGCGUGUCCUGUGCUGCUGGGGCAGAGCCCGGAGCCCCCACCCCGCCUCUGCGCUGGAGCGGCCACUGGCGCUGCCUGCAGGACGAGGCUCCGCAGACAAGGGGCUGCUGGGCCUGGCGUCCGCCAUGCUCGGUGGACCGAGGAGGCGCCGGGGGGGCGGCGGGAAAGCCUCGGUCACCACUAAAAGCUGCUACAUUGUCCA